AUGUGCUUAUCUGGAGGAAAAGAGAACGUCGUCUCGCAGCGCGAUUGCAAGAACUCGGACAACUAUCAGACGUGCAUCGAGACGGGCUGCCCGAUAGGCGCGCCGGUCCAGGCGUGCAUGCUGUGGGGGGCGAACUGCUACAUCAUCCACUGCACUUAG